GAUAUCCAGUCUCCAGCUUCAUCUAUUUGGGCUGUUGGCCCUUCCCUCUGAGUUGCGUUCUCAAAAUUUCCGGCAUCAAUGGCUUUCACAAAUCACCUGCUCUUUCAGCUCUCCAUUUCCUCAACCAAAUCUUUCAUCUUCCCCAGCUUUUCCGCCACUCUAAAACCACUUCCAUCCAUCUACUCUGCUUCGCUCUUCAAACCAUCACCGGAAAUUUAUAAAUCCGACAACCCAACACCUGUUACAAUCACAACUCCAAUGCAGUUCAAAAUUCAUUGCGAGUUGAGAGCAAAAACUUGCUUCUUAGGUGCACUAGUGAAUGAUGUAGCUACAACUGAAAAGGAAGAGGAAGCAGAGAUGGAAGUUGCAGAGGGAUAUACCAUCUCUCAAUUUUGUGAUAAAAUAAUUGAUAUUUUCAUGAAUGAGAAGCCCAAGACUAAAGAAUGGAGGAAGUUUUUGGUAUUUAGGGAGGAGUGGAAAAAGUAUAGGGAGAGCUUCUACAGUCAUUGCCAAAGGCGGGCAGAUUGGGAGAGUGAUCCAAUUAUGAAAGAGAAGUUAAUUUCACUUAGGAGAAAGGUCAAAAGGAUUGAUGAUGAAAUGGAAAUCCACGGUGAACUUCUCAAGGAAUUACAGGACAGCCCAACUGACAUUAAUGCCAUAGUUGCAAAGCGGCGCAAAGAGUUCACAGAGGAAUUUUUUAAGUUCCUUACUUUGAUAUCAGAAACCCAUGACAGUUUGGAAGAUCGUGAUGCGGUGGCUCGGCUGGCAGCCAGAUGUUUGGCUGCAGUUAGUGCUUAUGAUCGAACAUUAGAAAAUGUGGAGACAUUGGAUUCUGCACAGGCCAAAUUUGAUGAUAUACUGACUUCUCCCUCAUUGGAUGUGGCUUGUGAGAAGAUUGCAAGUCUUGCAAAGGCAAAGGAACUUGAUUCAUCAUUGAUCCUUUUGAUAAACAGUGCUUGGGCUGCUGCAAAAGAAUCCACGACCAUGAAGAAUGAGGUGAAAGAAAUAAUGUAUCAUUUAUACAAAGCCACCAAAAGCAGUCUUAGAAGCAUGGCCCCCAAAGAAAUAAAGCUGUUAAAGCAUUUGCUAAACAUCGUUGAUCCUGAAGAACGAUUUUCUGCUUUAGCAACAGCCUUCGCCCCAGGUGAUGGAAGUGAACAAAAAGAUCCAAAAGCUUUAUACACAACUCCAAAAGAGCUGCAUAAAUGGAUAAAGAUUAUGCUUGAUUCAUACCAUCUGAACCAGGAAGAUACAGACAUCAGAGAAGCAAGGAAUAUGACUCAGCCUGUUGUUAUACAAAGGCUUUUCAUCCUCAAGGAUACAAUUGAAACUGAGUAUUUGGAACAGAAUGAGUUUCAGAAUCCUCAAUCCACACCAAAUCAUGUUUCUGAGGAUGCAGUUUCCAUUUAGUUGUAAAUGUCUCAUUUUUUGUAAUAUAGCCACCACUCGGAUCAGUAGGCUCUAAAAUUAAAAUGGUUGCAAAGUCAGGUAGCUCAUGUAACAAUAUAAACUUUUUUCAUUUAAAUAGAUUUUUUCCCCAUAUAUA